AUGGCCGUGCAGAACAUGUCGACAACGAAGCCCGCGAGACGGCUCGGUUUCGUCUGGCUCCCGGUUUCGAUUAAUUUUGACACGGCGUCCCUCACGGGACCCUGCUGGCUGGUGACAAAACGGUCCACCAAUAAUUUGGGCGACUCGGUCGACGUGGCAAAACCGGAUUCGUCGGGGGGAAGAUGGACGAAGUGGAUCCGUGAGUCGGGGGAAGUUUUCUCGGGGGAUGAACCGGUUUUGGUGUCGAUUGGGAGCUUCAUGAGGAUGAUGGCGACCGAGAGGCGCGGGUCCCGGGACACGAGGAGUUCGGCCAGCUGGACGGCGGCCGCCUGGUGGCUCAGGACGGGGAACGGGAUGAAGACGAGGGUUGCGUUUUGA